AUGCCAUCUUCCACCUCCAUGGUAGAGCCACGCGGCUGUCCAGAGCAGGCUGAGCCCGAAGACUUGCCGCCAUCGCAUCGGCUGAGGUUUCGUGACUCAGGCAUCGCGACCUCGCCCACAGCUGCGCCCUUCGUCUCCCAUCCAGCGCUGCAGAUAUGUCCCCCGGCCAGAGACGAUGCCAGCGCGCCUGUAGAAGGACAUCAAGACCACCAGCAGCAGCAUCAGCAAGGCCAGCAGACGCCAUUGGCGCCGAUAGUCGACUCGAGCCCAGCGACGCCACGGACGCCGGUGCUGCUGCAGCUGCGUACUGACAUUCCCUCAGUCCACCACCAGCCGUCUCAGUAUAUCCAUCAGCCGGCUGCCCAGGACCAGCAGCGUCAGUCUCAGCAGCAGCCACAGCAUCAACACCAGCCGGGAGCAGCUGGGUUUGACCAGCAUCUUCAUCUGAGCCGGUCAACGGCCAGCUUGCCACGCAGAAUCCCCAGCAUCCGCCAUGCGCUGGCCGAAGUGCACUCGAGCGCCGGCUCUCUCUCGCCCGGCUCUGCCUUCUCGUCGCCCCAGCUCGCCGGGCUCAGCGACCUCACGCCGCUGCCAUCGCCCAUACAGCUGCUGGCAUCGCCGCCAUGGGGCUCGACCAGCACCUUUUCCCUGUCUCGCGUCUCUUCGACAGCCUCCAGCCGCGAGCUGCAUCUCCCUCCACCGUUGACAACUGCCCGGCCGAGACUGGUCCAGCCAUCAUCCGCAUCGGUACCAAGUGCGACUCCAGGCUCGCCCGAGACUGCGACCAACCCAUCCCAGCUGGCUGCCCCCAAGCGUGACCACCGACACACCCGCAAUCGCAGCCUGAGCGAGUACGUCCCGCCAGCGCUCCAGGUCCAUCCGUCAACCCGGAAGGCCGCUGCUUCCGAAGUCUCCCGGGCCCGGGAAAGUGAUGCCGCGAGAGACGGGUGCCCCAAACCGAAUCUGCAGAGGGAGGAAUACCUGGCUGCACAGCGUGGCAUAGCUGUCCUUCCACCGCCGCUGCCUACGCCCACCUCCGCCCUAGAGUCGCCUGAUAUCGGUAUACUUGAUAAUGCAGUUUACAAGGUCCAGUCAAUUCGAUCCAAGCAACCUCGUACAUACCACUGGCAGAGGCUCCUGGGCCAGGGAGCCUUUAGCCAGGUUGUCCUUGCAGCCCGAGAGGAGGAUGGAGCUGUCAACCCUCAAUCUCGCCGUCUGGUGGCCGUCAAGAUUGUUGAGUACGGGCCGGCUGGAGGAGCAGACGAGGAACGUGUUGAGGUCUCACUCAACAGGGAAGUUGAGAUCCUCAAAUCCAUCGACCAUCCGUCCAUUGUCCAGCUCAAGGCCUUUGGAAGCGACCCGAAACGAGCCCUCUUGGUGCUCGACUACUGCCCUGGAGGCGACCUGUUUGAAUUUGCCAGCAUGCGGAUGAAGCGGAUUAAUCCUCCGCUGAUUGAGAGAAUCUUCUCUGAACUCGUCGAUGCUGUCAGAUAUCUCCACAGAAACCACAUCGUCCACCGGGAUAUCAAGCUAGAAAAUGUGCUGUUGAACAUGCCAUUUGCAAAAAUGCAGGAUAUCUCUGACUGGCGACUCUACCCUCGCGCCGUCGUCACGCUAACAGACUUGGGUCUCUCACGGCGCAUCCCACAGCCUCCUGAGAGCCCUCUUCUACGCACCCGCUGCGGAAGCGAAGACUACGCUGCUCCUGAAAUCUUAAUGGGUCAGCCAUAUGACGGCCGCUCCACCGAUGCCUGGGCCCUGGGUGUUCUCCUCUACGCCAUCAUGGAGAACCGUCUGCCUUUCGACCCUCUGCCAGGCACUAGAGGAGACCCAGCUAAGCUCCGGGCUCGCACUCCGCACCGCAUCGCCCGCUGCGAAUGGAGCUGGUACCGCUAUGCCGAUCCGGACGGGGACUGGGACCCGGUCAAAGGUAGAGAUCUCGAGGGCCCCCGGCGUUGCGUCGAGGCCCUUUUGAAACGAGGAAGUAAACGUAUGCAUCUUGACGAAGUGGCUGAUAUGGAAUGGAUUAAGAAUGCUAUUGCGGCUGACGUCCUGCCCCUGAAACGCGGUGAUAUCGAGGUUCCUUGA